CAUGCAAUGGUUUAACUAUUUUAUAUUUUUGUAUUUAAAUAAUGGUUUUUAACAAAUCCAAUGCUCUGUGGGAGUGUGAAUGUGUAUGUCUGAACUGUAAACUGUAAGGUCAAUGACCUUGCUUCUUCCAUAUCAGAUCAAAUUGGCUAUUUCUAAAAUCGCAGGCCAUAGUGGAAAAAGUCAAUAUCCGUUAAUAUUCCUCAAAUAAAGUAUGAUGCAUGGUUUUGUGUUGCGGCGGUAUGUAACUGCAACGGUUGAUUCCAUUCUGAAGAUUGGAAGAUUUUCUUGUAGGAAUUCUCUUCUAAAUUGUGAAACACUAUAUUCAAAGAAAACAUGCUUGUGGCCUUAUAUAAGUUCACAAUUUUCUUCAAUUUCAAUAAUUGCAACAACAAAAUAUGAUGUUUUCGUUAGCUUUCGUGGAAAAGACAUCCGCGGGGAUUUUCUUAGCCAUUUGAUUGAGGCUUUACGUCGAAAGAAAAUAAAAGCCUUUGUUGAUGAUGAGCUUAAGAGGGGAGAUGAAAUACUACAAUCACUUGUCAGAGGAAUUGAAGGAUCAUUAAUUUCCUUGAUCAUAUUCUCACAAGACUAUGCUUCUUCACGCUGGUGUUUGGAAGAACUUGUCACAAUACUUCAAUGCAGAGAGAAAUAUGGACAAAUUGUUGUACCUAUUUUUUAUGGGAUAGAUCCUGCAGAUGUAAGAUAUCAAAUGAAGAGUUAUGAAAAUGCAUUUGUUGAACAUCAAAGAGUGUAUAGCUCCACCAAGGUGCAAAUUUGGAGACAUGCUUUGAACAAAUCUGCUAAUUUAUCUGGAAUUAAGUCAUCAGAUUUUCGGAAUGAUGUCCAACUUCUUAAAGAAAUCAUCAAAUGUGUGUCGAUGAAUUUGAACAAUAAGCACCUAAUUAGCUCAAAAGGACUCAUUGGAAUUGGCAAACAAAUUGCACAUCUAAUAUCAUUGUUAAGCCUAGACUCACAAGAUGUCCGUAUUGUUGGGAUUUGGGGCAUGGGCGGUAUUGGCAAAACAACCCUUGCAGAAGAAGUAUUUCACCAGCUUCAAACUGAGUAUGAAGGCUGUUGUUUUCUAGAAAACAUAAGGGAAGAAUCAGCAAAACAUGGAAUGCUUUUCUUAAAAGAAAAACUUUUUUCUGCCCUUUUAGAUGAAGAUGUAAAAGUUGACACUGCAAAUAGAUUGCCUCAUUAUGUUAAAACAAGGAUUUCUCGUAUGAAAGCCCUUAUUGUUUUAGAUGAUGUGAAUGAUUUUGAUCAGAUGGAAAUCUUAGCUGGAGAUCAUGAUUUGUUUGGAUUUGGUAGUAGAGUCAUUAUAACAACAAGAGAUAAGCAAAUGCUUUCUCAAGAUGUUGAUGAUAUAUAUGAGGUAGGUGCAUUAGACUUUGAUAAAUCACUUGAGCUUUUCAAUUUGAAUGCUUUCAAAGUUAAGGAACUUGAAAUUGAGUACUAUGAGCUAACAAAGAGGGUGGUCAAUUAUGCCAAAGGCAUUCCAUUAGUUCUUAAAGUUUUGGCUCAUCUUCUUCGCGGAAAAGAUAAGCUAGUAUGGGAAAGUCAACUAGACAAGCUUAAAAAAAUGCCAAGUAAAAAAGUUCAAGAUGUAACGAGAUUGAGUUAUGAUGAUCUGGAUCGCAAAGAGAAAAAGAUUUUUUCAGAUCUUGCAUGUUUUUUCAAUGGAUCAAAUUUGAAAGUGGACUACAUAAAAUUUUUGUUGAAAGAUUCUGAAAGUGAUAAUUCAGUAGCCAGUGGGUUAGAAAGGUUGAAAGAUAAAGGUCUUAUAUCUUUUUCUAAAGAUAAUGUUAUAUCCAUGCAUGACAUUAUACAAGAAAUGGGUAGGGAAAUUGUUCGCCAAGAAUCAAAUGGAGACCCUGGAAGCUGUAGUCGGUUAUGGGAUGAUGACGUUUAUGAAGUAUUAAAAAAUGAUACGGGGACUGAAGCAAUUAGAAGCAUAUGGAUGCAACUGCCAACACUUAGGAAACUGAAGUUAAGCCCUUCCACAUUUGCUAAUAUGAGAAAUCUACAAUUUCUAUAUGUCCCUAGUACAUGCGAUCAAGAUGGUUUUGAUCUUCUUCCUCAAGGACUCCAUUCUUUGCCACCUGAACUAAGAUACCUCAGUUGGAUGCAUUACCCUUUGAAAUCGUUGCCUGAUGAAUUUUCAGCUGAGAAACUCGUUAUAUUGGACUUGUCAUAUAGUCGAGUUGAAAAGCUCUGGCAUGGAGUGCAGAACCUUCUGAAUCUGAAAGAAGUUAAACUCUUUUUCUCAAGGUACCUGAAGGAGCUUCCGGACUUUUCAAAAGCAUUGAAUCUAGAAGUGCUGGACAUCCAUUUUUGUAGUCAGUUGACUAGUGUGCAUCCAUCUAUUUUGUCUCUUGAAAAGCUUGAGAAAUUGGAUCUCAGUCAUUGCACUUCCCUUACUGAACUAACAAGUGAUACACAUACAAGCUCCCUAAGAUAUCUCAACCUUAAAUUUUGCAAAAAUAUAAGAAAAUUCUCUGUGACAUCAGUGAAUAUGACAGAGCUGGAUUUACGAUACACUCAAGUGAAUACAUUGCCUGCAUCAUUUGGAUGUCAAAGCAAGCUUGAAAUCCUACAUUUAGGAAAUUGUUCCAUUGAAAAUUUUCCUUCAUGUUUUAAGAAUCUAAUAAAACUACAAUAUCUAGAGGUAAGAUAUUGUCAGAAACUGCAAAAUCUACCAGUGCUUCCUCCAUCUCUUGAAAUUCUACUCGCGCAAGAGUGCACAGCACUGAAGACUGUGUUGUUCCCUUCAAUUGCUGAACAAUUCAAGGAGAACAGGAAAAGGGUUGUGUUUGCGAAUUGCUUGAAAUUGGACGAGCAUUCACUCGCAAAUAUUGUGUUUAAUGCUCAAAUAAACAUUACCAAAUUUGCAUACCAACAUGUAUCAGCUUCUAGAGAUGAAUUUCACAAUAAGUUCAACAAUUAUAACGAAGAUGAUUCUCAUCAAGCACUUUAUGUGUAUCCAGGGAGCUGUGUUCCAGAUUGGUUUGAAUAUAAGACAACAACGGAUUAUGUAGCCAUUGAUCUACCUUCUUCUACAUCGCAUUCCCGUUUCCUCGGCUACAUUUUCUGUUUUGUACUUGGUGGGAACCGGUUAAUUGUUGACAUGUUGAAAUUUAACAUCACUCUUUGUGUUGAGGGCCAAGGUAAAGAGGAGGACUAUUUUGAACUCUACAUAUCUAGGCCAUCUUCCAUUAUUGUGUCUGAUCAUGUUUUUAUGAUCUAUGACCAACAAUGCUCUUGCUACCUAAAUAGCAAAGCCAAAGAUAUUACAAGGUUUAAAAUCAAGGUAACAACACGUUUAUCAUCCAUGCACCCUCGAAGUUAUUCAGAUAUAUGCAUGGUGCUAAAAGGGUUUGGUGUUAACAUAAUAGAUACCUCAGCAGAUCAUAAUUUCAUUCAGAUGAUGGGAUUGCCUGAUUCUACUCGAAAUAUUUCAAGCGGAAUUGAGAUGUGAUUAUUUUAGUGUAAAAUGUAUUUUACAUUAUUAUGAUUCUAUGUUUUUCCUUCCCAAGCUUAGAAGAUAAGCUUCUUGUCUUUGAUUACAUGUGUAGAAAAAGCCUCAUCAUUCCAUCAUGAUAAGCUCUAACUAAGUAGUUCUCAUAAUUCAUUUGAGUUUUCGUAUAUGCAAUCACACAUUUGUUGAUGAUAUGUACCGGCGGAUCAAGAUUAGAAGGCUUUCGACAUUGUAUUAUCAGUAUGGACUCGUUUUACAAAAGUUGGAAUAUGGACUAUCUGAUCUUUAUUCAAUGGUUCAGAUCAUGUAAUUGUGUUUAAUGUGUAUAUAGGAUAUGAGGAUUUUGUUUUAAACAUCUGAGUAUUAUUGUUUAACCAGGUGAAUAAUGAAUGUGUUCUUAAUUGCUAAUAUAAACUAAGG